AUGGAAAGUCCCCAUAACCAAGCCGCAUGGCUGUCUGCCAGAUCGAAACGACCUCUCGAGGUCCAGUCUGCGCCAUACACCUCUCCCGCAGCCAACGAGCUCGUCGUGAAGAACGCCGCCAUUGCUGUAAACGCCAUGGAGUGGUCCAAGCAGGUCAUGGGCAAUUACAUCUUUGAGUGGAUCAGAUGCCCCUUCGUGAUGGGAAAUGAUCUCGCUGGUCAAGUGGUUGAGAUUGGCGAAGAGGUCAGCGGGUUCAAGCUAGGAGAUCGCGUCCUUGCCCACGCGAUAUCGAUGGACCCCACCAUCAACAAGUCAUCCGAAGGUGCCUUCCAAGAGUACACUGUCGUACACGCCAACCUGACCUCGCCAAUUCCUGACUCUCUUUCCUACGAAGAGGCUUGCGUCCUCCCUCUCGGCCUGUCAACCGCUGCAACUGCACUCUUCCAAACUGACUUCCUGGCUCUUGACUAUCCUACCACCACAAGCAAAGCCGCGAAGUCAACUGUCAAGACUGUUAUUAUCUGGGGUGGAUCGACCAGUGUCGGAAGCAACGCCAUCCAGCUGGCCACUGCUGCAGGAUACGAUGUGAUCACCACAGCCUCUCCCAAGAACUUUGAGUAUGUGAAGGGACUCGGUGCUACCAAUGUGUUUGACUAUAACAGUAAGUCGACCGUCGAAGACAUCAUCCAUGUUCUCCGCACCAAGAAGCCCGUCGGCGCGAUCGCAAUCGGUAACAACUCCACUGAGGCCUGCAUGGACAUCCUCGCAAAGACAGACGGUUCCAAAUUCGUCGCCCAAAUCAGCUUCCCAUUUCCCGAGAAGGCUCCCGCGACUGCCUGGCAACUUUUCCUCUUCAUGAUGGGUUUGAUGUGGUGGAAUAUUACCGUUUAUUUCAAGUCCGUGCGACGAGGUGUUGUGACGAAGUUCGUUUUCGGUAGCUCCCUGGUCCAGAACGACGUGGGUGCUAUGAUUUAUAACAGGUUCCUACCCAACGCUCUGGAAAAUGGGGAGUAUCGCGUCGUUCCUAAGCCUGUUAUCAUCGGAAAGGGACUUGAGCAGAUUCAGGCUGCGCUUGACGUUCACAUGAAGGGCGUGUCGGCGCAGAAGGUUGUUGUUUCGCUUUGA